AUGAUUACAACGCCCGCUCGCGCAUUCGAACUCCGAAACAGCAAGUUUGACUGGUCCUACCAGACGACCUUCGUCGACAAGCCUGACUACGAACGCGUUGAGAAACCAAAUACCCGUGGCAAGGUCCUUGGUGGAAGUAGCAGCUUAAACUAUUUCACCUGGAUUCCUGGUAGUAGGGAAACAUUCGAUGCGUGGCAAGAAUACGAAACUCGCGAUUUCCGAGAUGCUCUAAUAGAGGCAUGGACUAGCAAAGGCCAUGCGUUGAGAGAAGACAUCUAUAAUGGCAGACUGGACGGUCUCGCUCACUGUGUUAGUACGGUCUAUGAAGGGGUCCGGUCAAGCAGCGCAGUAUACGUGACCGGGAAAGAAAAUGUGGAGAUACUGCAUUCCACCAUCGCAACAAAGAUCAACUUAGAAGGUGCUACUGCAGUGAGUGUCACUGUUGUUGGGGCAGAUCAGAACGAGACCACACUGAAGGCAACGAAAGAGAUCAUUAUCGCGGGUGGAGUUUUUGAAACACCCAAGUUAUUGCUUCUUUCCGGUAUCGGUCCCAGGCGUGAACUAGCUCGUCAUGGAAUCGAUCCAGUGAUAAUUUCUGAGCAUGUGGGUGAGCAUCUUCUUGACCAUCCGAUUCUUCCACAUGUAUUUAGAUUGAAGGAUGGCCUGGGUCUGGACCACAUUCUCCUUCGGGAGGGACCUGCCCAUGAUGCUGCCGUGAAGCAGUAUGAUGAGGAUAAAACAGGUCCAUUGGCUAGUGGCCUCCUUGAGAUUGUUGCCUUUCCACGCAUCGAUGCGCAACUCGACGAGCACAAAAUGUACCACAGAGCGAGGGCGAACAACGGAGGCAAAGAUCCUUUCGGACCUGAAGGUCAACCUCAUUUUGAGAUUGACUUUAUCCCCAUGUUCUGUGAUGCGUUUCAGUGGCACUUCGAUAUCCCACCAGAGGGAGAUUGGUUAACCGUAGUCGUCGACCUUCUUCAUCCACAGUCAAAGCACGGGUAUGUCCGACUCACUUCGAUGGAUCCACGUGAACAGCCUGACAUCAAUCUUAAUUACUUUACCGACGAGCUGGAUAUACUUGCUUUGAGGGAAGGUGUACGAUUCAUUGAUGAGAUCCUAAUGAAUGGCGCUGGGAUGAAAGAGGUCAUUGCUGAGGACUUUCCGUGGCCCUUGCCCCGUGAGUCGGAUGAAGAGAUGGAUCGUCUGAUUUUGGAUCGGGCGCAGACUGGAUAUCAUCCCUGUGGCACUGCCAGACUGUCUCACGACAUUGACCAAGGUGUGGUAGACUCUGAGCUGAGGGUUCACGGUGCCAAGAGGCUUCGCAUUAUCGAUGCGUCCAUCAUUCCUGUUAUUCCGGACUGCCGGAUCCAAAAUUCGGUGUAUAUGAUUGGAGAAAAGGGUGCCGAUAUUAUCAAAGCGGCUUAUCCGGAGCUAUACAAAUGA